UACUAAGCACUUCUUUCCUUUCCUUGCCUGAACACAGGACCUGGCUUUGGACAAUGUUAGAGGUUUAUACAGAGAUUUUUCUGUGGUUUGAUGCUGACAGAAAAGCACUUGCCGGGUGUUGAUUUAUGGACAAUAAAAUAUUCACACGACAAGCUUAGCUACCUGAUAUGCCAUACAGCAGCCACUGCAGUCUGACACAGAAUCAAUCAGAGAACACGUGGAUGGCUUGAGGUCUCUCUGUGCACUGGAAAGGAAGAGCGAGUAAGUGAGCGUGGAGUCAGUGAGCGAGCACCACCAGCACAACCCAACAACUUCUGUUCAAAGACCCCAAGAGCUAGUGGCUGCUGUCUAUUUUCUCCCUCUCCUUCUCAUCUCGAUCUAUCCCACUGCACUUGGAGGGGCAAUAAAUAGCCACAAGUURGCUGAGUGUGGAGCUGCUAUCUAAUCAAAGCUUAAUUCAACACUGCCGCAAAGCAAUUUAUCCGACAAAGUACUUGGCGAUAGAAUACAACCUCAGACACUCCCUCACUCUCUCGCUCAAGCUCAACGAGGAAGUGAAAAGAGUGUGUGGCCCGGAGGGUCAGGUCUGCACCCAGAGGAGAGGGCGAGGCGUGGAGCAGCCAGAGAGGGUGUGAAGUGGGGUGGACGAGUGUGUCUCCUUGUCGUCCAUCUAGGGGGGAGCAGAGGCUUCUCCAGCCUGUCUGCAGCUCACCACACUAAAAUAACCCAACACCCACAAGAGGGAGGCUGUUGCCCAGCGGGUGUGAGGAUUGGACACACUUCAAGGGCAGAGGAGCUCACCGCCAGACUGAUAGAUUGGAGUGUAAGAGCACACUACAGGAGAGUGGACUGAGGGGAGUUUACUUGCCAAGCAAGAUCCCGUUUGCACCAUGCCUCUGAGAGACUCAGUCACCCUGCUGCUCUGGAGUUGCUGUGUACUAAUGCUCAUCCACCAAUGCGAGGCUCAAGCUCRAAACUGCACGUGUAAUGUGACCAAUAGUCGGUGUGACGAGAAUGCGGUGUGCAGGUGUGACCCGGGUUGGGAGGGGCAGCAGUGCGACGUCUGUGUGAGAAUGCCAGGCUGUGUCCAUGGAUCGUGUCACCAACCCUGGCAAUGCACCUGCGAGCCUGGAUGGGCAGGGCGCUUCUGCGACAAAGAUAUCCAUGUGUGUACAAAUGAGGCACCUUGUCAGAACGGUGCCACUUGUUACGCCAACGUUUCAGGGGAAUACUCCUGCCUCUGCKCCGAGGGAUUUCACGGGAGGAACUGCGAGCACAAGACAGGACCCUGUCAUAAGACCGGCAGGUCUUCAUGUAAGAAUGGCGGGCAGUGUGAGGACAGUGGCGGUUAUGCUCCAGAGCUCUCCUGCCGCUGCCUGGCAGGCUUCACCGGGCCACGUUGCGAGAACAACAUGGACGACUGCCUGAUGCGCCCUUGUGGUAACGGUGCCACCUGCCUGGAUGGCAUCAACCGCUUCUCCUGCCUCUGUCCCGAGGGCUUCACGGGCCGGUUCUGCACCGUCAACCUGGAUGACUGUGCCAGCCAACCUUGCCUUAAUGGAGGACGCUGCCUGGACCGUGCCAGCACCUUCCACUGCUUCUGCAAGCCUGGGUUCACUGGCAGGACCUGCGAGGUGCCCUUAAGGAGCCCAGAGAGCCAAGCGCCCAUCAGCAGCUCCCGUGACUGGGCUGGGGGAGGUGGGGGCUGGGGAAGGGUAACUCAGUCCAGGCCAGACCAGGACAUCACGAGGGGGGACAAUAAUAGUGGAGACAGGCUGCUGAAGAUCUCUGUGAAGGAGGUUGUGACCCAGUGGGGGUCGUCUGGCCUGUCAGAGGUGCAGCUCAUCACCCUCCUGGUGCUGGGGUGCAUGACACUUGCCGUGGUGGUGCUCACAGCUGGCCUGGUGCUGAGGGGGCAUUGGCAGGACCACUGUGCAAGCUGCCGGUGCGGCCCCACCCCCCGCCUGCACCKGCUGAAACACCGAGACCGCCAGCCGCCCCCGCAGAGCCACCUAGUCACAGUGGAGCAGGAGUGUAAGAUCAGCUUCCUYCACACGCCCACAGCCCCAGAACUGGAGAAGAAGAAACUGAACACUGAGGUGAUUUAGGUUAUGUUUACUACCUCCACAGCCCUGAACACAGGACACAGACUGCUCUCAGCAGAGGGAAAGCCAUGCUUUUAUCCCAGCCCUGCCUCCAUGACUGAUUUUCUUCAGUACUGACAGUCAAAAUAKAGACAACAUACCGACCUAGGUAUCGAUACCUAAAGAGACGCAGGACCAAGAAGGGACCAGUGGGUCUGUUCAAGGGUAAAUGUUAGMAGUGUCAAACACAUUCUCCUAACAAAAGGAGCGUAGUCCUAAUAUGACGGAUUAUUUGUUCACCACAGGGGUAAAGUGGAGGUACAUCAUGAGAAAUAUACUCAAGUCCUUUGGUUACUUGUCACGGACAACCAAUGUGUAAUUUGUCCGUCCUCAAAAUCAACUGAUUCGGUUUCUUGGCAUGAACUGCAUGUAAGACAGGCCUACUGACAGACAGCUUUGGAAUGCAAGCCGAGACAAUGCCCUUGUUAUGUCAACCUAAUUGGUGUACUGGUAUUUGUCACUGCUGUUCUCAUCACGAUAUUAGGCCAAAAUGUUAGACAUGAAUGAAUCUACCCAUAUUUUUCCAAAUGGGCUCUGACCUCGGAACAAGCUCUGCAGUGAGCAGAAUUCAGACAUGCAGACAAAUGAUUGCCUGAGUUCAUGUUGUUUUAACAGUGUACUUUCUAUAKCACAGACUAAAGAACUGCAACACCUCAACACCUACUUCAUUUAAGUAACUGUCCAGUGUUUCCAGAUUUCUAUMAAAUAUGACCUAUAAUUAAUUACAAUACGAGUAAAAUAGUUUUCCUUCCAAAAAAGUGUAAUUAUGUAUGUAAAAAAUCUGCUUUUCUGUAUUGGAAUGGUGUGGGGGUACCCCAUAGAGUUAGAUAGAGGCACGGGCAUUGCCAUUUAGGGCUUUCAACAUUUUAAGGUAGUCAACAGGGUUGUACUUUCUAUGGGUUACGGAAGGAUGACAUGAUUCCAUCCAGGUCAUCAGGAGGGAUCAGCCAAUGAAUUAUACUUGUGAGAAAACACUAGGUGGCCGUAUGUACCUUUUCYGUUUGUUUGUCAACUCAUAGACGUAGUAGAAGAAGAAAAUUGACUACUUCAAAAUAAAGAUGGCCAUGGUCCCUUCUUGUCCCAUGAUGGCUGCCUGUGCGCUCACAGAUGCCAUCAUGGGACAUACACUGAGUGUACAAAACAUUAGGAACCCCUGGUCUUUCCAUGACAUAGACUGACCAGGUGAAUCCAGGUG